GUUCUAAUACGGAUGGUACUUAGGAUUAUGGACCGUCUCCGGUUGCGACUUUCCCCCUCUUCAGAACCCACCAAGACUGAGAAGAACCCAGCGGAUUUCGAAACCGAGCUUGAGACAGAAAACGACCAAAAGCAAAGGAAGAAGAUGGAAAACCGCGAGCAGGCGACCGUGAGAAGCCAGCUGAGGCACAAACACUGGGAUUAUAUCAUCGAGUUCCAUCAACGGUGGAUGGACGAUGGCUCUAUGCCCUAUGUCACUCUUCCAUGCUUCGAAAGUGGCAGCCUUACUGAAGACAUCAAGAAUUUCUUCGGCGCCAUUUCAGCCUCAUUUGAUGACAGUGGACUUGCCGAUGACCAUCCAAUUCGCGGUCGCAUUCUCUCACUCAACGCCAAGUCUCAGUUCACUCUCUAUCUUGAAUUGAACGCACAGAAUAAGAAGAGCACAGAGGCCAACAGCACUAAAGGUUGAAGGAAGAAUAGAUAUGAGACACCAACCUGCUCUUGAGGGGCCAUGUGGUGGCUUGGAGUACUUGGGAGCCGCCCUAGCAAUUUGUCGUGGAGCUGGAUGACUGCGAUGCGAUGGUGCGACGCGCUGGUAGAUCAAUGGACUACGAGAUAAAAUUUGGUUCAUGGCCC